AGAGAGAGAGAGAGAGAGAGAGAGAGAGAGUUAUUGGAAGCAAGGAAGGCUGGCUUCGAACUCCGCUUACUCUACUUAAAACGUAAUCUUGUUCCGCAAGAAAAGCAUCAAAUUAAACUCCCGUUUUUCCUUGAUUUUGUAGCAGUUUUGGAUCAUCUGAAAUGCGUUAUUGCUAAUAUGUGUGAUUUUGGGCGGUGUUGAUGAUUGGAAAGUUGUGUUGUUUUGCAGGGUUUAGAGGGGAAGGAUGUUGUCGAAAUCGGAAUCUCGGAGGAAAAUUGGUGAAAAUUCAGGGCAUGGGAAGCUAUUAAGUGAUAUUGAAUCGCUUAGUAAAGCCCUGCAUUUGGACAGAACCACGCCGAGGAGUUUAAUGUCAACAGUAAGCAGUCGUUCAAAGGCUGUUGGGAAAUCAAAUUCUGCAGAAACAAAAUCGAAAGUUGUGAGGAAGGAUUUGGCAGAAGAGAAGGAGAGUAAGAAGUCUGGUUGGGGUUGGAAGGGGUUGAAGGCCUUAUCUCAUGUACCAAACCGGAGGUUCAACUGUUGUUUCACCCUGCAAGUCCACUGUGUUGAAGGGCUGCCUCCAUUGUUUGAUGAUCUUAGUCUGAUUGUGCAUUGGAGAAGGCGGGAUGCGGAGUUGAGUACUAAAUCAGUGACAGUUGUUGAAGGGGUAGCUGAGUUUGAACAAGAGUUGAAGCAUUCAUGUUCUGUGUAUGGCAGUGGGAAUGGACCAUACCAUUCUGCAAAGUAUGAGGCCAAGCAUUUCUUGUUGUAUGUAUCGAUAUAUGGUGUUCCCGAGCUUGAUUUGGGGAAGCAUAGGGUGGAUCUUACCAGGUUGCUUCCUCUUGCAUUGGAGGAAUUGGAGGGUGAGAAGAGCUCUGGUAAGUGGACAACCACUUAUAGGCUAUCAGGGAAGGCUAAGGGUGCUUCAUUGAAUGUCAGUUUUGGGUAUGAUGUUCUUCAGGACAAUCCUAUAGGGCUUCCUAGCAAGAAGAAUGUGAUUGAGGGGCAGAAUAGGGGAAGUGCAGUGAGGCGGUUAGGACAGUACGAGCAGGCCAUAGUGAGGCAUGCAGGAAGCCUUCCUUCAAAGUCAUCUGUUUCGAAGCGAAGCCUUGCUGCAAGGUUUGCUGCUGAGUCAAGUUUGGCUUUGAAAUCCAUAAAAGAUGUUCACGAGGCUUCACCAGUGCCAAGGUUGGAAUUUUCUGAAUCAGUUAAUGUGCUCUACCAAAAACUUGAGGAAGAGAAGUUGGGCGUGCCUACUGGUCCUAAUAUCUCUGAUAAUGUUGAAAGUUCAAAACCAGAUUCAAACUUGCCAUCCGAGGUUGGAAUGGGAAAUGCUGCAGAUGAGUGUGAAAUUGUUGAGUUUUCUGUCAUAGAGAAAGGCAUAGAACUGUCUUCAAAGGAACAGGAGAAAACAGGUGUUGAUGCCAUCGGGAAUUCUCAUGAUUCUGUAGAGGGUUGUAUUGUACCUGUCAAUGCGUUUGGCAUACCCCCCAACUCAGAGUUGCAGGUUCAAUCCAUGACCAGGGAAAUUGGUGGUAACAAAGAGGAUGAUCAGGUAAAUGACUUUGACUUUAAGGAGAAAGAUGACUCCACCAAAGAAUCAAUCAUGAAAGAAUUGGAUUCUGUGUUGGAGGUUGUCUCAAAUCUGGCAAAUGAAGGAUUAGAUUAUCCAGAUGAUGAAAGAGAAGUUAUAAAUGAAGAUAGUUGUGUGAGUACUAAGGAAAGUUAUACAAAGGUUAGGAAAGGGAAUUCCCUAGGUCCGGAUGAUGCAUAUGGGGCUGGUGACUUUUUGGAUAUGCUUGGGAUAGAACAUAGUCCAUUUGGCUUGAGUUCUGAAAGUGAGCCCGAUUCACCAAGAGAGCGCCUAUUGAGGCAGUUCGAGAAGGAUGCUUUGGUCAAUGGUCAUUCCUUGUUGAACUUUGAUACGGACACAGAUCCCUGCUUAAGUGUUUGUGAUGCUUUAAAUGAUCCAGAUUGCAGUAACAGUUCCAAGGACUUUGAUUACACAUCUGUGACCGAGUCUUCUAAGAUGAUUCCCGGGAUAAAAAUAGAAGACACCAGGAAUAAAACAACUGCCUCUAUGUUGGAGGACUUGGAAACAGAGGUUCUGAUGCAGGAACUGGGCUUGAAUGAAAGGGCAUUUCAUUAUUCUCCUAGCUCGAGCAGGUUUGGCAGCCCAAUUGAUUUGCCUCCUGAGGAUCUCGAUCACUUACCACCUCCUCUUGGAGAAGGAUUAGGCUCCCUUGUUCAGACCAAAAAUGGAGGCUUCUUGCGCUCAAUGAAUCCUGCACUUUUCCAGAAUGCAAAAAGUGGUGGGAAAUUGAUUUUGCAGGUUUCUAGUCCAGUAGUUGUGCCGGCAGAAAUGGGAUCUGGUGUCAUGGAUAUAUUGCAGCAUUUAGCUUCUAUUGGCAUUGAAAAGUUUUCUAUGCAAGCCAACAAGUUAAUGCCAUUGGAAGAUAUAACGGGGAAGACAAUGCAACAAAUUGCAUGGGAAGCUGUACCCUCCUUGGAGGGACCUGAGAGGCACGGUAAGUUGCCCCGAGAAUUUGAGGUUGUAGAAAACAUGUCAGGUUUUCCAGAUACGCUUCAAGGCAAGUCACGUGGACUCAAGCCUAGUAAGCUUGAGUCUAGUUCCACUGGCACUCGACGUGAUUCAGAAUAUGUAUCCUUAGAAGAUCUUGCCCCUUUGGCAAUGGAUAAAAUUGAAUCUCUUUCAAUUGAGGGGUUGAGAAUACAAUCAGGCAUGUCAGACGAGGACACGCCUUCAAACAUAAGUCCACAAUCGGUCGGUGAAUCUUCAGCCUCUGAAGGAAAGACAGUAAUUUUUGGUGGAUCCAAGGGCCUGGAAGGAACUGGUGGGUUACAGCUGAUGAACAUUAAAGACAAUGGUGAUGAAGUUGAUGGGUUGAUGGGACUGUGUCUAUCACUUGACGAAUGGAUGAAGCUAGAUUCUGGCGAAAUUGAUUAUGAAGAUGGGAUUAGUGAACGAACAUGUAAACUACUUUCUGCACACCAUGCCAAGCGCGCAGACUUGAGUAAAGGAAGAUCACGGUGUGGUUUGUUGAGCAACAACUUCACGGUUGCAUUGAUGGUGCAGCUUCAUGAUCCUUUAAGGAACUUCGAGCCAGUCGGUGCACCAAUGCUCAGUCUGGUUCAGGUAGAGAGAGUAUUCAUUCCCCCCAAACCAAAGAUGUAUAGCUCAGUUUUUGAAGUAAGAUGCAACAGUGAAGAAGAUGAUGAUUCUGAACCUGCUAAAAAGGAUGAAAUAAUGGAAGAGCCAAAGGUGGAGAAGAUAGCAGAGGAGGAAUUAAUCUCUCAGUACAAAAUCACUGAAGUCCAUGUUGCAGGCUUGAAGACUGACCAAGGCAGGAAGAAACUAUGGGGCUCCAAAACUCAGCAGCAGACUGGUUCCCGUUGGCUGCUUGCCAACGGAAUGGGGAAGAAGAACAAACACCCGCUUAUGAAGUCGAAAGGCAGCAAUAAUUCUUCAUUGCCAGCUUCCUCAACACCAGACACAACCACAGUGCAGCCCGGUGAAACUCUUUGGAGCAUCUCCUCCCGCGUUCAUGGAACAGGAGCUAAAUGGAAAGAGCUGGCCGCAUUAAAUCCUCAUAUUCGGAACCCAAAUGUCAUCUUCCCAAAUGAAACCGUCAAAUUGAGGUAGCACAGCACAGGUCUGAUCAUUUUUUCAUGAAUAAACUUUGUCUGCAAUGCCUCUUCCAAGCUGUAUGGAAUGUCCAAUAAUAGGUGAGAGUGAAAGUUCUAUGGCUUUCAAGUUCAACAA